CCAAGGGUGCAACACCUUCAAAGUCGGCCCCUGUGCGUCAGUCAGAAGAGCUGCAAACUGCCCUGAAGGAGAAGCGGAGUCUAGUGUAGGCACUGUGGACUGGGACUGACUUUGAGGGAGGAUUUACAAAGUAGUUAGUAAAAGGUCAACUCCACCCCAACAUCGGCAACUACUAGCAUGGCUACAGCAGGCACCUCAGGGCAGAGCACUUUCGGGCUCGGGAGGAAAAAGAAGGCUCCGGGUCUCAUGGAUCAGAUUAGCAAGUUCUUUGGAGGCGACAAAAAGAAAAGGAGCAAGGGGUCUUUCCGGGGUCACCUGGCAUCUUCACCCCAGCAAUCCUCGUCUCGCCGCCGCACCAAUGAAAACGCUGUGGUGCACUUCUUCAGGAGCAUUGUUUCCUCUCCUCGUCCUAAAUCCAGGUGGAGAGACGUCUUGGGCUUGAGCGACUCGCUGCUUCUGGAUGACUUUGAAACAGCUCGACUAUUUAUGAACCACAACCGGCCUCGUCCCCGCGCGCCGAAAGCGCAAAGUCGCCGGUCAGAAGACGCAAAGACCAAAGCACACUGUCCAGACUCUUCAACCUGUGAUGCUCUCCUCAGAGAUCAGGAGACACCAAGUCCCGCCCACCCCCCAAACGCUGGAGCACCAUCUUCUGAGCUCUCCGCCGAGGACCAAACCACAGAUCCAACACCGAUGGGACAAGAGGAAGAAGGAGGAGGAGGAGGAGGAGGAGGAGGAGGAACAGAUCUGCAAGUGGUGGACUCACAACCUCAAGAAAUGUUAACAAACUAACACAAGCCUCCCCUCAAGUUUAGUAACAACACCCCUGAAAUCCAUUGUCAAAAGUCGUAGAUGGUCACUUUGCAAGUUUUUUUUUUAAUCCUACUUCUCAGCGUAUCUUGUCUCAGUCCAUAUGUCGCUGUUUAGAAGACAUGUGGUCAUACGUUUGGUUAAAUACGUCACACAUUUGGGUAACUUAGUCUGACGGUGCUCGUGUCUGCUGUCUGAGGUUCGUCUGUGGCAGAUGUUUGUUCUUUCUAUUUGUCUCCUGUCGUCCGCAUUUUGUACAUGAGUGAUGUUUUGUGUAUCUCGCUGCUUUAAUACAGCUCACUGCUCCCGCAAAGAACAGGAAACACACUACAGGGAGCUCUUGUUUGUCGCUGUGCGUCUGUUGCAAGGAAAUGCGUUCAAAAUUGGAAGCCUAUAGUUUAUGAUACAUGAUAAAUAAUGAGUCUAAUUUUGUGGUAAUGUACGAGUUUUGUUUCAUUAAGUAGCAGUGUAAUUAAUAAACAUGUACAUGAAGUUUAAUGCCAUGUCCAAAUAGAAGAAAUGCCCUUUUUCAAAUGCACUGAGACCUUUAAAACGACUAAAAAAAACCAACUUAAAAUGACCCGUUUGCUCUCUUUUCUGUAUCGUAGCUUCAGCAUGAAUCUAAUUCACUGUAAGUAAUGUGUUCUCAUCUUAAAAGAAGUUCAACAUUUGAA